AGAGGCAGCAGCCCCCACCGUCCUCUCUGCCGGCGUCAGCGACGUGAAGGGCCGGCCGCCACUGUGCUUAAAAUGCGAGCAGCCAGCCGUGUCCUCCCUCCACCGCCGCCUCACUGACUCGCCUCCUCGUCGAAGCCCAGUGAUGUCCUCGUCCCCACCGCCCCCGGCAGCGGGGGCGCAAGCGGAGGUGCAGUCGGCGUGGGCUCGGGCGCUCCGCAAGCUGCUCCCCGCGGGCGCGCCGCUCCCCGACGAGGACCAACUCGACUACUCCUUCUCCGUCGACCUCCCCGCAGCCCCCGUAGUCCCCGGCCCGCCGUCGACGCCCUCCGCCGACGUACUGCCUCCCGUCCCCCUCCCGCGCCACCGCCGCCACAUCUCCCGCCUCCUCCGCCUCGGCCCUCCCCCUGCACCGCGCGCGCUACCCUCGCCGCCCUCCUCCCCCGACUGCGCCUCCACCCCCACUCCAACCUCCUUCAACUCCUCGCCCCCGCUCGCUCCCGAUUCCCCUCCUCCUGCUCCACUCCCGACCCGCGGCGGCGGCAGCCGGCGGGCGUGCGCGAGGUGCGGCAAGGGUGGCCGCGUCGGGGUGGGAAUGGGGAUCCUUGGGAACCGGGAGGAGUGCCUGUCCUGCGGCGCGCGGUAUUGCGCAGCCUGCGUCCUCCGCGCCAUGGGGUCCAUGCCGGAGGGCCGCAAGUGCGUCGCCUGCAUCGGCGCGCCCGUGGCCGACCCGCGGCGCCGGGCGCGGCUUGGGAAGGGGUACCGGCUCCUGGCGCGGCUGCUGGGGCCAGCGGAGUUGGAGCAGGUCAUGCGCGCUGAGCGAGGGUGCGCGGCCAACCAGGUGCGGCCGGACGAGGUGGUCGUCAACGGGCGCGGCCUCUCGCAGGGCGAGCUGGAUCUGCUGCUCGGGUGCGCCCUGUCGCCGGACCGCCUCGCGCCGGGGCGGUACUGGUAUGACAAGGACUCGGGCCUGUGGGGGAAGGAAGGUGAGAGGCCUGAUAGUAUUGUUAGUUCAAAGUUAAGUGUUGGAGGGAAGCUGCGAGCAGAUGCUAGCAAUGGCACUACACAGGUGUUUGUAAAUGGGAGGGAGAUAACAAAAGCAGAACACAGGAUGCUUAAGCUGGCCAGUGUACAGUGCCCACGAAAUACUCAUUUCUGGUUAUAUGAUGAUGGUUCCUACGAAGAGGAGGGGCAGAACAUGAUAAAAGGCAACAUUUGGCAAAAGGCCUCGACUCGUCUUAUUGCUAACAUUUUUUCGCUGCCAAUCCCUCCUGGAUAUUCUCAUGGUUUGAAAGAAGAUGCUACUGUGGACUCAAGUAGAUCUGUUCCAGAUUACCUAGAGCAGAAAAGAAUUCAGAAACUUUUACUGGUUGGACUAGAUGGCUCUGGAUCAAGCACAAUCUUUAAGCAGGCAAAGUUUUUGUAUGGAAGAAAGUUUUCUCCAGGAGAAAUACUUGAUUUGAAGCUCAUGAUACAAAGUAAUGUUUACAAAUAUCUCUGCACACUGCUUGAAUGGCGAGAAUGCUUUGAGGAUGAAGCUCUGAAAGAAGACACAGAGCUUUGCACUAGUGAUCAGAAGGCUGUUGGUGAACCAGAGGUAGUGCAGACCAAGGCAUCUUUGUAUUCACUAAAUCAAAGAUUGACACAGUUUGCUGACUGGCUGCUGGAGAUUGUUGCACUGGGUGAUCUGGAUGCCUUCUUUCCUGCUGCAACCCGAGAAUAUGCACCAAUUGUUGAAGAGGUUUGGAAGGAUCCUGCUAUUCAAGCAACAUACAGAAGGAAUAUCGACUUGCAUUUUCUUCCAGCUGUUGCCAGCUAUUUUCUAGAUAGGGUUGUUGAAAUAUCUAGCAACGAAUAUGAACCAACAGAGACAGAUAUCUUGAACGCAGAGGGUAUGAACCAAUGGAAUAGCCUCUCUUUGCUUGAUUUCUCACUUGAUGACCAAUGCCCAUUCUCUGACUCCUACAUAGACAAACCUCAUGAUCCAUCCAUGCAAACUAAGUAUCAGUUAAUCCGCAUAAAUUCCAAAGUACUAAAUGGGGGCUUCAAGUGUCUGGAAAUGCUGGAGGAGGUACGGGCCAUCAUCUUCUGCAUCUCACUCGCGGAUUACGAUCAGAUGUGGGUGCAAAGCUCAGGAGAGCCCUGCAACAAGAUGAUCGCCAGCAGAAACUUCUUUGAGGACGUGAUUAGCCACCCUUCCUUUGAGUACACUCCCUGCGUGCUUCUCCUGAAUAAGUACGAUGCAUUUGAGGCCAAAAUCAACUGCGUACCCCUAACGGUAUGUGACUGGUUUGCGGACUUCAGCCCUGUGAAGCCACACCACACCCACCAGUCACUGGCCAGCCAUGCCUACUACUACAUCGCGUUGAAAUUCAAGGACCUGUACUCCUCCAUCAGCGACCGAAAGCUCUUUGUGUUCCAGACGAAAGCCCUGGAGCGGAAAACCAUCGACGACGCGUUCAGGUACAUCAGGGAGGUCCUGAGAUGGGACGAUGUUAAGAACAGCGAUGCCUUUGGCAGCAUUGACGAGUCGUUUUGUAGCAUGGACAUGGGCUCGUCGUCAUAGUUCACUUUGUUGAGAAGGAAGUUGUCAGCUACUAUUGAUGCAGAUUCUUAUGAAUUAUGCGGAUGAUCAUGCAGUAGUAAAUUGCUUCAUUUCUUCCUUUUUAUUGCGUGAAUCGAAUCUCUAACUCCAGUAUAUAUGAGAUGCUGUUCCAUUUAUUAGAGAUUUUCUGUAAGGCAAAGUACAUAAAAAUGAAUGCUGUCUGCCUCAA